CACAGAACCACGGGAACACGGCAAAAGCCAUUAUAACUCCACCGGGCGGGCCUCCCCAAUCCGUUGGUCCGACGCACGGCGACGCCUCCGGCAAUGGCCUUCUCCAGCAACUCCGGAGCGCACACCAUGGCGGAUGAGGACUACGGUUUUUCCGCCGGCCGUGGCGACAAGCUCCCCUAUCCGACCCUUACCGCGGCGGCCGCAAUGGAUCAGGGCGCAGCCUACUGCAACCCCGGCAUGCACGCCGGCAAGGCCACCCCGCUCACUCCUCAGGUUGUCGCUGAUAAGGCAACGGCUGCAACCGUUGGCCAUGACAUGAAUGAUGGAGCACUUGCUGAACACGUGCUCUGCAGCCUUCCAAUCCUGGGACUCGCUGUCGCUUCCUCCGCCGUGACUGGGCUUGCCACCGGCGUGCCCACCCCGGCAAUAGGCUUCGGGCUGUUCCUGAUGCUGCUUUCUGGCCUCUCCGCCGUCAGUAUUCGUGUGUUCCGUGCUUAGGUAUUGUGGUACGUAUGGCAUAAGAUCGCACUGAUAUUUCGGACUUGUCCUGAGAUUCGAUGCAAACUACCUGUCUUUCGUCUGCUUUGUAUUUGUACAUAAUUUCAAAAGUUGUGUUUGUAUUUGUAUCUGUUGGCAGAUGGGACCGAAUUUCCAUGAGUUACACGAAUAAAUUCACAUACA